AUGGAAUGGCUGUUCUGUGAUGCACAUGUCCUCAAGGACUUCAAAUAUGCUAAGAUUUCUGAAUUUGCAAUUGAUACUAAAUUAGCAUUACAUUUGAUAACACAUUUAAGCAAGACUGUUUCUUUGUGGGAUAGCUCCCGGCUGCAGAGAAACAAGCUUUUGCUGUUGUACCAGGCUGCCACCUGGAUUGAACAGCAGAGGGCGCUCUUGGGACAUUUCAUGAUGCUAGAACUGCUAAUAUCAGGAAAUCUUAAAACAAAUCUUUUUAACAAUAUCUUCCUUCAGAUUUUCUUCUACGAGGACAGGAACUUCCAAGGCCGCUGCUAUGAGUGCAGCUCAGAAUGUUCUGACCUGUCCUCUUACUUCAAUCGCUGCAACUCUAUCAGGGUGGAGAAUGGCAACUGGAUCCUGUAUGAGCAGCCCAGUUACAGGGGACACCAGUAUUAUCUGUGGAAAGGAGAAUAUCCAGACUUUCAGAGAUGGAUGGGCUUCAAUGACUACAUCAAGUCCUGUCGCUUUAUUCCCAAUCACCAUGGCCAAUAUAAAAUGAGAAUCUAUGAAAGAGGAGAUUUCCAAGGGAAGAUGAUGGAGUUCUCUGAUGACUGCCCCAAUACUUAUGAUCGAUUCAGUUUCCGUGACAUUCACUCCUGCAAUGUGUCUGAUGGCCACUGGAUGUUCUAUGAGGAACCCAACUACAGGGGACGUCAGUACUACCUGAGACCUGGAGAAUACAGGAGAUUCAGUGACUGGGGAGCCUCAACUGCCAGAAUUGGAUCCUUCCGAAGAGUCCAUCAUAUGUUUUAAAUAAA